UUAUUUCAAUUUUCAUAUAUUUCAAUUUAGUUGACAUUUUUGAUUUUUAGUUCGGGUACAAACUAUGGAUUUGUAAAUUUUAUUUUAAUGGCUUCAUCAGUGCAGAAUAAUAGGGUUUCUCCUUCUGGCUAUUGUGCAUGUUGUCGAACGUGCAAUAUGUGGUGCUGGAGGGCAUUAAAAUGGCUUCCAGUACUGUUGAUAGUUUCUAUUGUGACAUGGUCGUAUUAUGCAUACGUUCUCCAGUUAUGCAUUUUUACCAUUGAGAGUACAGUGCAACAAUGUGUCUAUCUCGUGCUUUACCACAUUUUAUUUAUAAUGUUCGCUUGGUCGUAUUGGCGAACAAUUUUCGCUAACAUCAAGGCAAUUCCUGAUAAGUAUAAGUUACCUGAAGAGGAAUUAGAAAAAUUGUUAAGUGCAGACACAGAAGAAGCACAGCGUACAGUUUUGGAGAAUUAUGCUAAAGAUCUUCCAAUCGUCACUAGAACAAUGUCGGGGUCAGUGCGGUAUUGCAACCGUUGCGUUCUUGUGAAGCCGGACCGUGCCCACCACUGCAGUAUAUGUGCUAGAUGUGUACUAAAGAUGGAUCACCAUUGUCCGUGGGUGAACAAUUGUGUCUGUUUCCACAACUACAAGUUCUUCAUGCUAUUCCUUGGAUAUGCGUUGCUGUAUUGUAUAUUCAUUAUGUCAACGUGUUUGCCUUAUUUCAUCAGGUUUUGGAAGGGUGAUUUCGGUGCAGCUGGCAGUUCAGGUCGUUACCACAUAGUGUUCGCAUUCUUCGUGGCUCUCAUGUUUGCGGUGUCACUUGGUUCGCUUUUCGGCUAUCAUUGCUACUUGGUAGCUCAUAAUAGGACUACUUUAGAAGCGUUCCGUGCUCCAAUGUUCCGUGGUGGCGCCGACAAGAACGGAUUCUCGAUUGGGGCUUUCAAAAAUUUCAAAGAGGUGUUUGGUAACAGUCCAAACCUCUGGUUCCUGCCUGUGUUUACGAGCUUCGGCGAUGGGAUCGUCUACCCGAUACCUCAACAAGAUGAAGACACGGAAUCACUUCUGAGCUCAGAAAGAUGGGACCGUUGGGGCGAAAGGGCGCGGCCUUUCGACGAACGAGAGAGCUCCUCGUACGACGAACUCUGAGUAGCGGGCUGGUCACGAUUACGAAAUGCAGGCUUAGUGUAUUAUGUGUAGGCUUUUAACAAUUAUGGAUUUAUUAUUUAUCCAGAAACGUAAAAAUGUCAUCAUUGGGUAGUUAUCAGCCUACGGUUCCUGGUACCUUCCUUGUGGUGGCAUGCUUUGGGCAUCGAAUGAAGUAUCUUUUUGAUGUAUAGCAGCACAUGUAGUGCUGAUCUCAGUUAACAAGAUCAUUUUAAAAAGACUCUUGAAAAUACGCAAUAUUUAAAUAUUUGCUGCGAUGCUAUCAUUUUAUGCGUUGCAGCUUACACGUUUUAAACGGAAUUUCUUUAAUAAAAUAUAUGUUUUACUGGCCACCUACUCAGGCAUAUGCUUAUAGUGACAAUGUUUCAGUUUGUUUGAUAAAAUUGUAUGGUGAUUAUAGUGAAAUUCAUUGAUGCUAAGAAGCGGCAACACAGUCUACGUACUUACAUUUAAUAGGCUAUAGUCAUAGUUGUAUAUUGCCUGCCGUGUGACGUGACCAUUUAUUAAAAAUAUAUAGAACGGUGCUGAUCCUUAAGUAAAAUUAUAAAACAUAAUAUAUUAUUAAAAUUAAACGUAAUAUCGUCAAAAAUUGUCUCGACGCUUUGAAUUCAUCCUCCACAUUAAAGCUCUAAUCGUCUUGUAUAUAAAGCUUCUAUUUAAAAAAAGUUUUGACUCGUCAAUAUCACCAUGUAUAAAAUUCAUUAAUCGGUCACUGUAGGUUGUUCUGAUGUAAAACAAAUCAAUGUAAGGUUUCAUAAGAUAGAAUAAAUACCAAAAUUAUUAAUGUUAAUCCAGGACCCCAUUAAAGUGUAGUAAUGUAUACCUAUAACAGUUAUUAAAUAGUGGAUUCGCGAUUCUAUCAUCCAUUGGGCGCGUGAGUCGCUGCCAAGAGUACCACGGAAAUUAAGUAAACGUGAUUCGUUGUAAAUAGCGAUUUUAAUUAAAAAUGAGACUGCUCUUAAUAGUAGUUAUAAAUUGAAUUAAUUUUAUUAAAUUCCAGCCAGAAUUUUGUUAAAGUUUAUAUAUGACAUUCCAUUGUUAACCUGAUUUAUAUGUUUAUAAUUUAUAGUACAUCCUUGCGGUGCGUUGUAAGUUUGUUGUUUAUAGAAUAAACAUAGUAAACAAUUUUAUAUAUAAAAAUGUAUAUGUCUAUGAACUAUUAGACUAAGGAAGGGAAAUAUUUAGACUUAAGAUUUUUGUUUCCCUCAUUUAACGAACGUAUUAGGCUGAUAGUUUCUAUUUAAAUGAACAAUUUCUUAAGCCUAGUCAUUUAAGGUAAGUAGCUAAAUGUAUGUAUAGUACAUGACAUUAAUAUAAAUUGUUGUCCGAAACAUUUUUUCAUAUUUCAAUACCUAUAUGUUCAUAAAUCGUAUAUAAGGACGAAUUUAAGCUAGAUUCUAUGAUAUUUUACACACACCUAUUUUGAUUCGAGGCUCUACGUAAAUUUGUACGCUCUAUGCUCUAUGCCUUUUUAUUGUAUAACACAAUAAAAUAUAAAACGUCUAGAUUAUAUCAUUUAUAUUCCAGCUUUUGCUUUUUAGUACUUGUUGUAAAAAAAUUCAUUACUAUUUGGUUUUGUGUAAUAUUGUACGACAAUUUUUAAGAAUUAAGGCGAACGAAGUGAAUGUGGCGUAAGAUACAUAGAAUUCGGGCUUUGUUUCGUUUUCGAGAAAAAAAUUGUUUUUCUCAUUUUCGUAUUGCAAGUAUUUUUAUUAGUUGACGUUAAAAUAGUUAUAAGAUCUAUUGCAUUUUUGUUUAAAUAUGUAAUGAUGUAAAGUGAGAUAAAUGUGUGUUAUGGUGAUUUUGUAAUUUAUAAAUGAAUAAAAUA